AUGCCUAAAAAGAUAAAGCAAAAAUACAAUAAACUUGAAAAUAAUGACAACUCAAAUAGUAUUCUCAAACCAACUUUCCCUCCCACUUUAAUAGCAAAUGAUCUCAUCAAAAAUGCCAUUAAAUCCAACAAACCUAACAAAAGUAGAGCAAUAACAUUUCCAAACGCUUUUAUCGCGUAUAGAAUGGCAUUAACCAAAGAAUAUCGUAAUAAGAACAUUACAUUACCCCGUAUGGGCCAACUUUCUAAACUUGCAAAAAAUUCAUGGGAGGAAGAAUCAAAAGAUGUCAAAGAAUUUUACAAUAAGCUAGCUGAGGAUGCCAAAUCUUUGGGUGGCGCAGAAUCGGUUUACGUCUAUCAAGAUACCGAAGUAAAUACCGUUAAGCAAAAUUCAUCAAGUGAGCAUUUUCCAAAAGAUUCUUCUCCCAAUUAUAGCUUUUACGAAGAUCCGUAUGGACAGAAUUCAUCUGAUCGGGAAUUACUUUAUAUACUUGAUUUUCAUUUCACAAUUAAUCCACACGAUUAA